AUGUCUUCAAUCACUCUCAACCCUCCUAUACCUCGCACGCGCGCCCGGGCGUACUCCGAGGACCAAUGGGGCCAGAAGAAAGCGCUCUUCUCGCGAUUGUACCGGGACAAAGGCAAGAGCCUUCGUGAUGUACAAGCAAUACUUGCAGAAGAGUACGGUUUUCAUCCCGCAGUGGCUAUGCUGAAGACUCGGAUCCAGAAGUGGGGCCUUGAUCGAAAGAAGAAACAGCCUGAUAUGCUCUAUGCUCUGCGGAUCGUCCUCGAAAGACAAGCCUUGAGAAAAGACACAAGUUUUGUCAUCCGCGAUCGAGUGGUGAAGUCGGACGACAUCAAGAGAUAUAAGCGCAAAGGUGUGCUCGAUUUACAAGCACUUCUUCGGGAGUCGCCUGCUGCGGAUGCUACAACAGAGAUCGAAUGUCACACUCCCGAAACUGUGGCAACCUUUGAAAUCCCGGAAACGAACGUACAAGCAUUGGCAGCACCUGAUCUGGAUGGCAACCGCGUCACCGGUGGAAACCUGGAAGCCACACUCGAUCCUGGUCAUGUCGACUCUGUCGUCUCGUCAACUCAAGAGAUGAACCACUUGGAUGCCCUGCUGUACCACAGCCGGGUUUACUACGACUCUGUUUUUCAAACUUCUACCUGGCACGACAGUUUCAGCCGCCAAUCGCUGAGACCAUCGGAGGGCUUUUAUGAUCUUUUCCUGGGUGGCCAGGCUUUUCUUUACCUCGGUUUCGUCCCUUCAGCAUUCUGUAUGUUUAACCUUGCUUUCAACGAGGCCAGCCUGCUUUUGACGCAACAGCAUAUUUUGUCUCUCCUAUAUUUCUACAGCAUCAUACUCCCCAACCGGGUCCAUCCCGGCCAGGAAGUCUUGGUUCAGCUAUUCCGAUUUAUCAUGGAAAAGGUACAGACCCGUCAUUCGCAGAUGCACUGCAUUCAUCGUUCCAUGUCCAUCAUCAACAGAUUGUCUAUUAGUGACAGAGGGGAAGCAUCGAGUCGUGUUUUCCAAGCCAUCUUCGAUCGCCUGCGAAUGCCGGGCUCCAACGAUUCUAAGCCGCUAGAAAUCGAUCCCAAUACGACUUACGAAACGUUGGGCUAUUCCGGCCGCUACUGGAGUCUCGGUUUCCUGAAACCGCUUUCAGCGGCAGUGCAAAGCAUAGCUAGAAAGAACCCCUCUGCUUUCGACGUCCCACCUGCGGGUGAGACAACAUUUCGCACCAUGGGGUGCUGCUCAUGCAACGCCACAGUGAUGGCAGGAAUGACGACACACGGCAGAUAUGAGCACUCGCGAGUAGAGACGGGCGAGCAUCACGACAGCAAAUACUCCAACACCGUAGCACUUGGGAACAGUGAAGGAGAUUCUGCAGAAUCCGAGAAGACGCCACGGGAACGACAACAAUUCUUAUACGCUUCUGCCACCUCGAAGCCCGCUCAGGACUUCAUGGCAAUCGCACCGAGUGGAGAAGGACUUCCUCUAUUCGAUUGA